CCACUCUCUUCCCUCGUAGCUAUAUAUCAGCAGACCGGCGACUCAUACGGAAACAGAAGUUAACGGCUCGAAACAAUCUUACUUAAAGCAUACAAGACAAUCGUUUGGACUCUAUUUAUUGAUUUGACUGAAGAACAUUUGGAUCUACAUCACUACCUUUUUACACUUCUAUCUUUACCUUUUUUGAAAAUCAUCAUGGCUCAGCAACAAAACAGUCUUCCAGCCAAGCUCAUUAAUGGAGGUAUUGCUGGCAUUGUUGGGGUUACUUGUGUCUUUCCCAUUGACUUGGCAAAGACCAGACUGCAGAAUCAGAGACCAGGACAGCAGGUCUACAAGAGCAUGAUGGACUGCCUUGUCAAGACAGUUCGAUCAGAGGGCUUUUUUGGCAUGUACAGAGGUGCCGCUGUAAACUUGACCCUGGUCACCCCUGAGAAGGCCAUCAAGCUGGCUGCUAAUGACUUUUUCAGGCAACACCUCUCCAAAAAUGGAAAGGGGCUGACGGUGUUCAAAGAGAUGCUGGCUGGGUGUGGAGCAGGCAUGUGUCAGGUUGUUGUUACCACCCCCAUGGAGAUGCUCAAGAUACAGCUACAGGACGCAGGCAGACUUGCGGCCCAGCAGCAGAAGCCCGUCAUGAUGUCCACCACCAAGCUGGUGGCCACCAACACGGUGCUCUGCCGCUCCUUCAACUCAUGCACCGUGUCCUCAGCACCGCGAGCCGUUUCUGCCACUCAGAUUGCUAAGGAGCUGUUCCACACACACGGCAUCCAGGGGCUCUACAAAGGCCUGGGGGCCACCCUGAUCAGGGAUGUUCCCUUUUCUAUUGUUUACUUCCCGCUGUUUGCCAACCUGAACCGCCUGGGCAAACCGAGUCCUGAUGCUGCGUCUCCGUUCUACUGGGCCUUCAUGUCCGGGUGUGUGGCCGGAUCCACCGCCGCUGUGGCUGUUAACCCGUGUGACGUUGUGAAGACUAGACUGCAGUCACUGAACAAAGGGUCCGCUGAGGAGGCCUAUAGUGGAGUGGUUGAUUGUGUGAGUAAAAUAAUGCGGAAGGAGGGACCCUCAGCCUUCCUGAAAGGUGCUGGCUGUCGAGCUCUGGUGAUCGCGCCUCUCUUCGGCAUCGCACAGGUUAUGUACUUUGCUGGAGUUGGAGAAUACAUCCUGGACAACACUCCUCUAAACCUCCUGUCGGCAUAAAAGCAUAUCAACUUGACUGAGGACCUUCUGAGCGUAGAUGGUGGAACAACUGGCAGCUACAUACCAUCAGUUUACAGCAGAGUCUUGUCUGGAGACAGGAAGACCUAUGAUUCAUCUUCUGCUGUGUUGCACUUAAACACUUUUGUGACUUUUUCAGGAGGCUAUAGCCAAUGUUUGCACUUGAAGCUGUUAGCCUUACCGGGCUGGGGGAUGCAGUGUUAUUCUUUCUCUGUCCCCGAGACAGUCCUGUUUCCCUCUGUGAGGGAGGAGAGCUAUUUCCUUCAAAUACACAUCCUAUUUUUGUGAUUUCUUCCAUGCUGUCACUUUUUUUUGUGUACUUUAUGUGUAUGCUUGUUUUUAUUUUUGAAUUCCUGAAUGCAGCAGCUUGCAGUACUUUGUUUUUUUCCUUUUCCACUGCUGUCUCAUGUUACAAAAUCUCGUUGAGCCCAUUUGAAUGCAAAGGGAUAUUUUAAUUAUUUGGUUACACACAUUUCCAGCAAGAACUGUUAUUGUACAUGUUUAAAUCUCACUGAUCAUGAACCUUCCUACUGACAUGGGACCAUAUGGCUUUCCAAUCCAUAACAUGUCCUGUUAAAUACUUGAUGUUACCCUGAAGUUGUUUUAGUAGUAUUACCUGCAAUAACUUGAGAUGCAUUCAUGCAUAUUAUAUAUGUAUCUGUCCACAUAACUUCAGUUAAGACAUUUUCAUAUGGAUACCUGAAACUUCAAAUGUUUUUAUUGGUUUAUGCCUUAAACAAAGCAGAAAGACCUUUCUGUCUGAAUAGAAAACAUGCCAAAUAAAAACAAUAUUACUGUGA